GGCCGCCGCCGCUGCUCCGCGGAGCCACCCCGCCCGGCCCCGCGUCGCGUCCGCCUCCGCUCGCUGCGCAGCGGAAACAUGGCGGCGGGCAGGGAGUGAGCCGCCCCGCGCCCGCAGUGCUAGACCGGGGCGAUGUUAGGAAUCGCAGAUGCGGCCACCUGUCAGAGUCCACACUCCAAGACCGAGUAGAAGCUACUGACAUCCUGGAGCUAGCAUCUAGUGUUUUUUGCAUGGCCAAAGGGGCCUGUGCUGCCCCACUGCAGAGGACACGUCAAGAAAUGCUGGUUUGCUACAGCGUUUUAGCUCGUGAGAGGCUCUGGGACUUCCGCUCCGUCAUGGGGUCCCCUCUAGGUCAUUUUACCUGGGACAGAUACCUAAAAGAAACAUGUUCAGUCCCAGCGCCUGUCCAUUGCUUCAAGCAGUCCUACACACCUCCGAGCAACGAGUUCAAGAUCAGCAUGAAAUUGGAAGCCCAGGAUCCCAGGAACACCACGUCCACCUGUAUCGCCACAGUAGUUGGGCUGACAGGGGCUCGCCUCCGCCUUCGCCUGGACGGCAGUGACAACAAAAAUGACUUCUGGCGGCUCGUUGACUCAGCUGAAAUCCAGCCUGUCGGCAACUGUGAGAAGAAUGGGGGUAUGCUGCAGCCCCCUCUGGGAUUUCGGCUGAAUGCCUCCUCUUGGCCCAUGUUCCUGUUGAAGACGCUCAAUGGAGCAGAGAUGGCUCCCAUCAGGAUUUUCCACAAGGAACCACCAUCGCCUUCUCACAACUUCUUCAAAAUGGGAAUGAAGCUAGAAGCUGUGGACAGGAAGAACCCGCAUUUCAUUUGCCCAGCCACGAUUGGGGAAGUGCGGGGCUCGGAGGUGCUUGUCACUUUUGAUGGGUGGCGAGGGGCCUUUGACUACUGGUGCCGCUUCGACUCCCGGGACAUCUUCCCUGUGGGCUGGUGUUCCUUGACGGGAGACACCCUGCAGCCGCCCGGCACGAAAGUUGUGAUUCCAAAGAAUCCCUAUCCUGCCUCCGAUGUGAACACUGAGAAGCCCAGCAUCCACAGCAGCACCAAAACUGUCUUGGAGCACCAACCAGGGCAGAGGGGGCGUAAACCAGGAAAGAAGCGGGGCCGGACACCCAAGCCCCUAAUUCCCCCUCCCAUCUCUACCCCAUCCAAGUCAGCUGAACUUUUGAAAUUCCCAAAGAAGAGGGGUCCCAAACCUGGCAGUAAGAGGAAACCUCGGACUUUGCCGAACCCGCCACCCACCUCACCAACAACCAGCACCCCCGAACCGGAUACCAGCACCGUGCCCCAAGAUGCGGCCACCGUCCCCAGCGCAGCCAUGCAGGCCCCCACAGUUUGUAUUUACUUGAACAAGAACGGCAGCACAGGCCCCCACUUAGAUAAGAAGAAGGUCCAGCAGCUCCCUGACCAUUUCGGGCCUGCCCGAGCCUCCGUGGUGCUGCAGCAGGCUGUCCAGGCCUGCAUCGACUGUGCUCAUCAUCAGAAAACCGUCUUCAGCCUCCUCAAGCAGGGCCACGGAGGCGCAGUCAUCUCAGCCGUGUUCGACCGCGAGCAGCACACCCUCAGCCUCCCAGCUGCCAACAGCAUCACCUACGUCCUCCGCUUCCUGGAGAAACUCUGCCACAACCUUCGCAGUGACAAUCUGUUUGGCAACCAGCCCUUUACACAGACUCACGGCCACGCCAGGUACCUACCAGGUGAGAGCUUUACCCUGGGAAAUAGUCUGGCCCGGUCCUUGGCGCCACACUCAGACUCAAUGGACUCUGCCUUGAAUCCCACCAGCCUUGUCAGCACCUCCCCAAAUCUUCGAAGUGGGUUCCGGCCUUUGCUUCCACCCUGUGGCCUCCCGCUGAGCCCUGCCUCAGCUGUGCGCAGGCUCUGCUCCAGGGGGUCGGAGCGGCACCUGGAAGGCCGGGACACCUCUCGACUGAGUGGCCGGGACCCCUCCUCGUGGACGGUGGAGGAUGUGAUGCAGUUUGUCCGGGAAGCGGAUCCUCAGCUCGGACCCCAUGCUGACCUCUUUCGCAAACACGAGAUCGACGGCAAGGCCCUGCUUCUGCUGCGCAGCGACGUGAUGAUGAAGUACAUGGGGCUGAAGCUGGGGCCCGCGCUCAAGCUCUCCUACCACAUCGAGCGGCUGAAGCAGGGCAAGCCCUCCAGCUCAUCGCCUCUCUCCCGACACUAGAUUUCCAGAGGAGGGCGGCGUCCUGCCCUGGCCCCAGACGGGCCCUCUCCAGGGAGGCGCGGCCCCUUGGCAGAGGUCGAGACCGGGCGCUCUCUUUGGGUGGACAGGCCCCUGAGCUUGGGCCACGUCGUUGCGCACGGGGAGGAGGGUCCCUGGCGCCUUCCCUCCCCGCCCCCCGGGGCCCCCUGCAGCCCCUUCUGUGGGAAUGGGGGUCCCCGCCCUGCCCUGUCCCCACCAAGCUCCUUGCCUUGGCUGGAAUUGCUGCUGAAGGAGGUGGGUCCCGUGGCGUUAGGGCCUCUAAGACGGCUGGGAGAGAAGGGUCCCGGCUGGGGUCUGGUCGCCCCCACUGCACUGUCCCCAUGCUUCCUUUGUAAGCAAGUCAGCAGCAUAGCUGCCCCUGCUGCCCUCUGGACUUAUUUUACGUCAGUCUGUUUGUAAAUAAAAACAAUAUAGAUGCCA